GGAAACAGGUGUCUUCUUAUGUUGCCCAGGCUGGCCUUGAAUUCCUGGGCUCCAGCAAUUCUCUAGUCUCAGCCUCCUGAGUAGCUGGGACUGUGUUGUUGUUGUUGUUUUAUUUUGUUUUUAAUUUGGUCUUGGAGUGGUGUUACAUAGGGUGGGGGGAGGGAGGAUGGAGUAUGACUUGAGAUGUGGGUUAGGUUCUGAAGCCAGCCUAGAUGACAAAAUAGCGUACAAGCAAAGCCACCCUUGAAAUCUCUCAGGGAGGCAGCAUGUUGAUUGUAGGAAUACCAGUGUUGCAGCAUUCUGACACAGUCAGUGUGAUAUUGUAAAAUACAUAUUUGGUCUUGGUCUCUGUCUCCUGUGGCAUACAACUCUUAUAAUUUUUGGAAUCUCUAAAAUGAUUGGUGUCAUUUUAUAUGUUAAUUAGCUGACUGGUGGCUGGCCGCCCUGGGUAGCUUUAGGAUGGGGGCUGGUCACUUGAAAGACCCAGGCAGGAUUAGAGGGUUGGGAUUUGCAGCCCCUCCCUGACGUCCAACCUCUGGGGAAAGGAGAGGGCAGAGGAGCUGAUGAUUGUGUUGACCACUAGUGGUCACUGGUUUAAUUAAUCAUGUCUAAGGAAUGAAGUUUCCAUAAAAACCCACAAGACUGGGUUUAGGGAGCUUUAGGAUAGGUGGGCAUGGGAAGUUCCUGGAUGAUGGUGCACCAGAGAGUGCAUGGAAGCUCUGUGCCCUUCCCACAUGCCUUACCCUAUGCAUCCCUUCAUUUGUAUCCUUUGUAAUAUCCUUUGAUAAUAAACCAGUAUAUGUAAGUAAAGUGUUCCUCUAAGUUUUGUGAACUGGUCUAGCAAAUUAAUAAAACCUAAGGAGGGGAUCAUGGAAACCCCGAUUAAUAGCCAGUUGGUCAGAACCACAGGUAAAACAACCUGAGUCUUGUGUUUGGCAUCUAAAAUGGAGGCCAGUCUUGUGGGGCUCAACCCUCAACUUGUGGGAUCUGAAGCAGUCUCCAUCCAGAGUCUCGCUCUAUUGCCCAGGCUGGAGUGCAUGACGCAAAAUCUCAGCUCACUGCAACCUCUGCCUCCUGGGUUCAAGCGAUUCUCCUGCCUCUGCCUCCCGAGUAGCUGGGAUUACAGAUUGGUUGUUCCAUCAUGGAUGGAGGGGAUGAUGGUAACCUUGUUAUUAAAAAGAGGUUUGUGUCUGAGGCAGAACUAGAUGAACGGCGCAAAAGGAGGCAAGAAGAAUGGGAGAAAGUUCGAAAACCUGAGGAUCCAAAAGAAUGUCCAGAGGAGGUUUAUGACCCUCGAUCUCUAUAUGAGAGGCUACAGGAACAGAAGGACAGGAAGCAGCAGGAGUAUGAGGAACAGUUCAAAUUCAAAAACAUGGUAAGAGGCUUAGAUGAAGAUGAGACCAACUUCCUUGAUGAGGUUUCUCGACAGCAGGAACUAAUAGAAAAGCAACGAAGAGAAGAAGAACUGAAAGAACUGAAGGAAUACAGAAAUAAUCUCAAGAAGGUUGGAAUUUCUCAAGAGAACAAGAAGGAAGUGGAGAAGAAACUGACUGUAAAGCCCAUGGAAACCAAGAACAAGUUCUCCCAGGCGAAGCUGUUGGCAGGAGCUGUGAAGCAUAAGAGCUCAGAGAGUGGCAACAGUGUGAAAAGACUGAAACCGGACCCUGAGCCAGAUGACAAGAAUCAAGAGGCCUCAUCCUGCAAGUCUCUCGGAAACACUUCCCUGAGUGGCCCCUCCAUCCACUGCCCCUCUGCUGCAGUCUGUAUCGGCAUCCUACCAGGCCUGGGCGCCUACUCUGGGAGCAGCGACUCCGAGUCCAGCUCAGACAGCGAAGGCACCAUCAAUGCCACUGGAAAGAUCGUCUCCUCCAUCUUCCGAACCAACACCUUCCUCGAGGCCCCCUAGUUUCUCUGUGCUUAAGCUGGAAACUCCUCCCCAAGGGUAGAUCGGACUGUUCAUGCCACCUGCAGACAUUAUGUCCCUGAAAAAAAAACUCCUUUGCCUGCAUCCUGUGCACAACGUGACAUUUUUAACCAACCCAAUCUAAAAACGUGCCAGAAUCUACCUGCGGCCCAAAUCGUGUUUGGUUUCUCUUUCCACUCCAGUGCAGAAUGACCAAACCUGUCCCGCUACCACUUUCUCACUGACAUGGGGAGGAGGGCAGGGCCCAGCUGAAGUUCCACUAAAAAUGCCCUAGGAGGAUAGGCACCAGCUGGCUUGCCAAAGGGUUUGGGCUUUAUUUCUUUCCGUUUUUUUCUUUUCUUUCCUUUUCCAACAGCACAAAAAAGUAAGGGCAGUUAUUGGGCAGGUAUUAUUUAAACAUUCUAUUAUAGAUGAAUGUUUAUUAUUUAAACAUUCUAUUAUAGAUGAAUCUACUGCAUUGUGGAGCAUGCGGGCGAAGAAAACUUACCCAGGUGAUGAGAUGGAGCCCUUCCCUGGAACUAACCAGUCCUUGAUGUUGUGUGACUAAGUAGAGAUGCUAAACCCCAUCUGCUGGGGGUGUCGCUUCACAGUCGGCAUGCAUUGUGAAGGCUUUCCACACCCUUGGCCAUUCCUUCUCCCCUCUCCAACCCCAUUUAUGCAGGAAGGAACUGCUAAGAAGAAAGCUUCCAUCUUCUCAGACCUUUUCUCUGCCUCGGAAAUUAUUUUAUGUUUGUUUUUGAAAUAAAGGAUUUAGUUUGAGAUUCAAAAUUUUAGAGAAACGUAGGCCUUGUUUACUCAUAGCCAGACAGCAGAACUGUGGGUAGGUAUGUUAAUGAGAUGACUUAUUUCCAGCAGCUUCUGGAAUGCAAAUAUUGUAAACUAGUGGAACAUACUUGCAUAUUAUGACUGUUCUAUCGAGGCCCUUCUCUGUUUAAUGCAUAUUAUAUUUGUGCUUUUAACUGUGGAAUCUAUUUCUAACUUAAGGGUGCUGCCCUAGUACUGUUCUUUGCUGCCCCUGCUGCUCUUUUUCCUUUCCAAACAGCAACUCUGAGGCCAUGAGCAGCCAAAAACUAGAGGUGCUCCUCCAUCUUGUCUCAUCAAAGGAAACAGGCUGAACCCUUGGAUUCUGGAGGAGGGAGGGGGAGAGGGUGUGGAGGCCUCGAGCACAGAGGUAGACAUGAGCUUUGACAACAGUCCGUAGGCUCUCCUGCUUCAGAAUAAGCCUGUACCAUUCUUUAUCCAUUCCUCUUGUUCCUACAUCAAUUGUUUUUACUUUCUUGGGUGUGAGACUGAGCGAGACACACACAAAAUGUGUUGACACUGUGAUGCCAGCAGGCAAAGCAGCUACUAACUUUGAAUGUGGGCAGAGAGGCCCCUGGAUCUCAUCCAGCCCACUCCUUUUCCCUUUCCAGUGCAGUGACACUCCGGUGCCCAUUGGCAGAUGGUGACUUCCCUGCACCCAUAACUGAUGCCUUGUGAAUUAUUCCUCCUUUUCAGAACUACUCUAUGCUAAUUGUUCCUGACUGCCAAUACAUGUGUGUCAGCUCCAUCCUAACAAAUAAGACAUUUAGGUAAAACUGUGUAGGCACCUUCUGCUUCUCUGCUUCAUUGUUCCUGUGAUAGUCCUGUUGUUAUUACAGCAUGUUCCCAAAACAGCCUCACAUUGUUACAGGAGGCAGACCAGGGCAUCAAAGUCGCCAUCUUUAUGUGGCUUGACUCUUAAGAGGCCAUUACUGUACUUUAUGACCUCUUGAUAGAGAAAGAAGUUGACAAAGGGUUACAGGGUUUAAAAACACAGAUUAACAUGAAAGCUAAUAAACCUGUCAAGGAACAA